GCGGUUAAAAAAAUGCCAGAGGGGCCGUCUUGUCUGAUCACUCCGGGUACUUCCUUGCCAAAGCCGAAGAGCGCACACACGCAACUUAGCAGUGCGCCUGUGCUGCGACGGAUGGCUGAACAUUACACACUCCGUCCUCACUGAGGCGGACACGUUUAGAGAGGUAAACGUGGAUUUGGAUGCGGGGACGACAUACAAAAUCCUGCCUGGAUUUGGGGGGACAAAAUGCGGAGUCCUGAGCUGACACUGUCGCCGUGUUGUGUCGUGGCUGUACAGUAACGAGCGGGUGACGGGUCGAUCUACUGUGAAUAAUGCCUGGAGGUGCUGAGUCCGUGUGCAGAUCUUCUGACCGGGAAAGUUGUUUGUCGGUUGUUUUGAUCUGAGACAAGAUGCAUCUAUUUCGGAGUCACAAUUAUCGAGUGUUCCCGGACCGCUACUCAGUGGAAACCCCGACCAUACGAGGCAUCAGCUGGACUCCGCUGCCAGAGGCCCUGGAUUCAAAGGACACUAUGAAGCAGUUUCUUUCAGAUCGUGUCGUGAAGGCAGCGAGAUCAGUGUAUAGCGUUAUGAUCGAGAGGAACCCUGGUCUGAUCCGAGAUAGAAAGUAUCACCUCAAAACAUACAGACAAUGUUGCUCUGGUAAGGAACUUGUUGAUUGGCUGAUGAAACAAAAUGAAUGCCUGCAAUCAAGAAGCCAGGCAGUUGGAAUGUGGCAGGUCUUGGUGGAUGAAGGAAUCCUUGUUCAUGUGAAACAUGAGUUGAACUUCCAUGACAAGGACACCCAGUUCUACCGCUUCCAGGACUCUGAGUGUGGCCUAAACCACGUAACAAAUGACAAGGACUUGGAGGAUGAGCUGCAGGAGGGUCUGUCGUUGCUGUCUCAGCUGGGCCCCGAUGCUCUGCUCACUAUGAUUCUACGCAAAUGCCCCAGUCAGAGGAGUGCUGAGGACCUGGAGGUCAUCUAUGAGGAGCUGCUCCAUGUCAAGGCUGCAGCUCAUCUCUCCACCUCUGUGCGUAAGGAGCUGGCAGCGGUGCUGGUCUUUGAAUCACAUGCCAAGGCCGGAACAGUCUUGUUCAAUCAGGGGGACAAAGGUACUUCUUGGUACAUCAUCUGGAAAGGCUCUGUAAAUGUGAUCACACAUGGGAAGGGCCUGGUAACUACACUACAUGAGGGUGAGGACUUUGGGCAGCUAGCUCUGCUGAAUGAUGCACCUCGUGCUGCCACCAUCAUCUUGAGAGAAGACAACUGCCAUUUCCUUCGUGUUGAUAAACAGGACUUUAUACGCAUCCUCAAGGAUGUUGAAGCUAAUACAGUGCGACUUGAAGAGCAUGGGAAAACUGUGCUGGUGCUGGAGAAGAGCACCGACUUGGCCGAGCAGGGAGGAGCAGGAAGCAAUAGCAAGUACACUGUGAUGUCAGGCACACCUGAGAAAAUCCUGGAACACCUAUUGGAAACAGUAAAGUUGGACUCUAAUGGAAAUGAUGCUAUAGAUCCCUGUGUGAGCGACUUUCUGCUCACCCACAAAGUCUUCAUGCCCUCCAGCCAGCUGUGUCCCUCACUACAGCACCACUAUCAGGCGGAGCUCUCUGAGGGUUCAGAUCAGGAGAAGGCUGCCUACAUUCUCAACACCAAGCAGAAGGUAGUGAAGUUGAUUGGCCAGUGGGUGGCGUUGUAUGGCCUUCUGCUGAAAGAAGACCCUAUUGCUUUGGACUUUCUGGAGAGGAUGAAGAAGGAGGUGGCAGGUGACUUUCGUCUGUCCAGCAUGCUGAAAGAACAAUUUAGGGAAAGGAGGAGAACAAAAGUAUUGGAGAAUGGAUUUCAGUCACUGAGCAGGAACCAGCAAUUUGAUUGGUUUUCAAACUGUGAGGAGGCAGUGGGGAGGUUACAACCAAUCAGAGCACAAGAUAAAGUGCUUUAUGAAAUCUACAAGCCAGACAACAAACCUCUCACUCUGAUGCUCCCAGUGAACACAUCUGUACAGGAUGUGAUGUCAGCAAUAGUCAAACCUGGUGGAGAUCACAUCCUGGUCAAAAUGAACUCCACGGGAGAAAGAGCUCAGAUAAAGCUGGAUGCUUCUGCAGUCUACACAGCCCUGGGACUCAACGAGAGACUGUUCAUCUGCACAAGCAGCCAAGUGGAACAACUGAUGCCCCUGAAGGAGCAGCAGGGUCCAGAGCGAGGAACAACUGACAUCCUCGAACAGAUGGGCUCUAAAGACAUCGCCAAUGAACUAGCCAAUUAUGACUGGGAACUGUUCACUGCCAUGCAUGAGGUGGAGCUUGUCUACUACAUAUUCGGCCGUCAUAAAUUCCCAGGCGCCAUAACAGCUAACCUGGAGCGGUUUGUGCGUCGCUUCAAUGAGGUGCAGUACUGGGUGGUGACUGAGCUGUGCCUCUGUGAAGACCUGGUGAAACGAGCCAUUCUGCUCAAGAAGUUCAUAAAGAUUGCUGCAGUAUUAAAGGAGCAGAAGAAUCUCAAUUCAUUCUUCGCUGUGAUGUUCGGUUUGAGCAACAGUGCAGUACACAGGCUUUACAAGACCUGGGAGAGAAUCCCCAGCAAGACAAAAAGAAUUUACUGUGCUUAUGAGAGGUUAAUGGAUCCCUCACGCAACCACAGGUCCUACAGACUGGCUGUGGCCAAGCUCAGUCCUCCCUACAUCCCCUUCAUGCCUCUGCUGCUCAAAGACAUGACAUUCAUCAAUGAGGGAAAUCCAAGCUAUGUAGACAAAUUGGUCAAUUUUGAGAAAAUGGUAAAACAAAAAUAUGUUUUUGUAACGUUGCUCGGCUCGAUUAUUUUCCUCACAUCUCGUCCUCAGUGUGAGAUUAACUUAAAAAGUUUCCUUUUCCUCCCAUUCUCACAGCGCAUGAUUGCCAAGACAGUCAAAAUCGUACGAGGAUGCAGAAGCCAGCCUUAUGUGCCAUCAUCUCCUCAGAGGGGCUUGGCAGAUCGGAUGUUUCUGGAAGGGCCUGCUACUCGCAUAUCUACAUACUCAGACCACGGCCUCCCUCUGCCCAGCAACAUCCGACACUACAUUCAGAACCUGAAGGUGAUCGACAACCAGCACAAGCUAACACAGCUAUCGAGAACAAUAGAAUGCUAGGACAUCAAUCUGCAAAUGUACAGAGACUGUAAAACUGUAGCACAAAUCUGAACCAGAGAACUGAUUGUAGCUGGAUGAACAAAACCUCCACACUCGCCUAAAUAAGAUGGACCUCUGGAGGUGUUGAGUGCUGUGGAUAUUCAUUCCAAUUCAAGGAGCUUGGACAUUGAUGGAUAAGCUUUCUGCACAACACAGCAUCAAGAGUGAAAAUGUGCAGUGUGCACAGUAACGACCUCUAAUGCUGAACCAUAGAAUCCAAUUCUGUGUCCAUGGGACUUGUGGGACACCUUUUAUCCAAAAAGCCUUACAACAUGCCGGUGUAUACAUCUUGGUGUGUGUGCCACAAUGGAAACUGAUCCCCUCAGAAGGGCAAUGUUACAACAUGUACAGUUAAGCAAAGUAUGUCUCUCUUUGGUGUCAAAAGUCAUUUAGGUGACAUUUUGUAAACUGCUGUCUGUAAAAUAAUCACUCUUGUGGUUCCACAAAAGGGCCGUAGGAACACAUACCACAAAUAUUUGCCAUAGCUCAUCACUUUAGGUCAGUUUUUUGUGCACUUGUAUUUUCACAUUAAAGCUAAUAUAUUGUAUCAGAUCAUUUUCUGGCAGUGAGGCCAGUAACUGACAUGCAUAUAAUUUCAUACAAUGUUGUUUUCUAAAUAAAUUAUUUUCUCAA